UCAAGAGGGCUUUGUCAGUUUCUCUCUCUCAAUAAUAUAUCGCCUAACCUCUCUCUAUCCUCUUCUCAUAAGCCCGGCGCUAUACCCCUGAAAUCUGAAACCCUUGAUUUUCCUUUCAGCUUUUUCAUCAAACAGGUAUAAUUUUUCCCGAUUAUCUUUAAUUGUUCCGUAAAUCCCCAUGAUUAUCAACACAUCUGCUAUUAUCACGGCUGUGUGGAUUUAUCGUCCCCCAUUUAGCUUAUAGGCAUCAUGAUUAGGUUGUUCAAAGUAAAAGAAAAACAGAGAGAACUUGCAGAAAGUGCUAAUGGGAAGCCUCCAGUGAAGAAACAAAGUGCUGGAGAACUUCGUCUUCAAAAAGAUAUCAGUGAACUGAAUCUGCCCAAAACCUGUACCAUUUCAUUCCCUAAUGGCAAGGACGAACUGAUGACUUUUGAAGUUACCAUUCGCCCUGAUGAAGGAUAUUAUCUGAAUGGAACAUUUGUCUUCUCAUUUCAAAUUUCACCCAUCUAUCCUCACGAGGCACCAAAGGUGAAAUGCAAGACAAAGGUCUACCAUCCAAAUAUUGACUUGGAUGGAAAUGUCUGUCUUAACAUUCUUCGAGAAGACUGGAAACCUGUUCUGAACAUAAACACCAUCAUUUAUGGGUUGUAUCACCUUUUCACGGAACCUAACCACGAGGAUCCACUCAAUCAUGACGCUGCUGCUGUGCUGAGAGACAACCCAAAAAUGUUCGAGUCUAAUGCUAGGAGAGCGAUGGCUGGUGGCUAUGUUGGCCAAACUUUCUUCCCGCGCUGCAUAUAGUAUGUGAAGUUUCCAGAAGCUGCCAGACUUGGAAGCUAGUUCAAAUCUGCCACUAAGAAUUGAUGCAUCUAAGAAGCAGAAAAGAUGUUUGUAUGCGAUCAUAACUUUAUCCUUUAUGUUGGCUAUUCAUUAUGCACUAUAUGAAAGUUCCAAGACCUUUGUUUGGAAGAGUGAUGGAUUUGAUUUUCUGUUUCAGUUUGUUGGUUAAUUUUAUGUUAAUAUGGUUAUGUUCA